AUGGCUGAAGGCAGUCUACACAGCGUCCCGUUGGUGUACGUCCUUGUCAACAAGGGAUUGAAGGCAAUGCGUACCGGGCUCACCAACAUUGCCGACAACAAUGAGCGAUGCCGUCUUCCACCCGAGUGUCGCGCAUCAAUGACUUCACAUCAAAUCAGGAACAUGGCACGGUCUCAGAAUACAACUUCUAACUUCCUGAGCGGCACCUGGUGCAAGGAAACAGCUAUUGGCGUCUUCCAAGAUGGACACAAACGGAAGCAGAAGCCUCUGUGGAUGUGGUACAAGAACCGACUCCUGCCCUUUGGCCGCACCUAUCCAGAUGGACAUUUUAAACAAUUCCAAACAUCUGCCGAGGAGGAAUUAAAAAGGAACACCAAAGAAAUCGUCAUCAAGCCGGCUGCUGAGGAAGAAACAUUCCCUGGAAGUUCAGAUGUAAUUGGAAUUCCCUCUGACAUUACCACGGAGGGAAGGUUGGAUAAGACCCCGGAAAGUUCCCCACAGACACAGCCGGUCAAUACUCCAACCCCGCAUCUGGGGACAGUGGUCGAAACCAGGAAGAGACGACCACGGACCCGUGGAUCCCUUCUCAACACGGAUCGGAAGAUGUGGAUGUCCCAGAGGUCGAGGGGGGAUGAGGGGUGUGAGUCGACAGGUGACAGAUGCUCGUCUGACCUGUCAGGCGUCCCCAAUGCCUCACCAUCAGCAAGGGAUGACAUGCCAGGCGCACCCAAGGCUUCAACACCAGCAGGGGAUAUUCUGAAACAGGCCUUUGGGUACGACCCUUCAGAAGAUGCAUUCUGGAACAUCAAAAGCCAGGGUGCUCUUCCUGAUGACGUUCCAUCAAUACUAGGAAGGCAGCAGGUUCAAUUCAAGAGAACUGAUGAAGACGAAUAUUCCGUGCAUGGUCGUGGCUCCACUUCAACCUUCUUCCAUGCCACUGUGGAGGACACAGCUGUUCUUGUGAAGGACCGAACAGAGUCUAACCGGCCUGUAGCUGAGGUGAUGACCGAGGCCAAAGUAAUAUCCUCUCUCUCUGGCACAAGUGUCACGCCGCAUCUGUUGGGGGUUCUGGAGCAGGGCGUCCUGGAGAGGGAAUACAGUCUUGUCCUGGAGGACUGCACAGGCUUCAUCUCGCUCCAGGACCUCCUUAAGUCUGGAUAUUUCGUCUCCAGAUCCGGUUGGACAAACAUCUGCCUGACCCUGGCCAGCCACCUGAAGACCCUCCAUAGCCGCCGUGUCCUUCACAAUAACAUUUGCUCCAGUAACAUCAUCAUCAACAAGGACACGCUGGAGGUGAAGCUGGUUGGCUUUGGACAGGCGUCCUUCGGGAAGGGAGUCAAGCUGCCCAGCGCUACACGCCACCAACCUGGACUUGCUCCAGAGGUGAGGCUGGGCUGUGUCACCUCCCCACAGGCAGAUGUUUAUGCUUUGGGAUCUGUCCUGAGUGAGAUUAAAGUGGCAAGCAAUUUGAUGGACCUCCACGAGGUCGUUCAAAAGUGCCACCAGGAUCUCCCUAGGAACAGAGCUCGGGCUCAGGAGAUCCAUGACUUCAUGCAGGCUGCGUUUAACAGAUGUCAAGGUUAGGUCAUCUUUGUGUGUGUAUGCCAGGGUGCGUGUAGAUAAUGGAUGUUAAUAGCAAGUUAACUUAUGUUACAUAAACACAAAUAUUCAGAAUUGUAAUGAGAUUCUUCAUAUGAAGAAAUACAUUUUUGUGUUUAUAAAUGAGUAUAUGUUAAAUAUGGAGAGAACUAAUAUUUUACGUCGUUCCAGCUAUUUGUAAGCUAUAUGAAGGUUUAAUUGAAAAUACGGAAACAAUAUUUAUAUAAUGUUUCUUAAAAGAUAGUUCUUGUUCUCUUAUGCAUGUGUAAAAUAAAAAAAUAUAUAAACUUAUAUUUAUAUGUUUGAAAAUAAUUCAAAUGCAUCAAAACAUUUAGUGUUAAUUGUAUACAAAUACAUUUAUCUCAAAUUAUUCUUAUACAUGUCUGUUAAGAAUGUCCUUGCUGUUUGUGUUGCAUUGACAGUGUAGCCAUGUAUUGAUAUGUUAAAUCAU